CGCCAAGAUGGCGAUGGAGAUGCGGCUCCCGGUCGCUCGCAAGCCUGUUGGCGAGACCCUGGGCCGCGACACCAAGAAGCACCUGGUGGUGCCGGGGGACACGAUCACCACGGACACCGGCUUCAUGCGGGGCCACGGGACCUACAUGGGGGAGGAGAAGCUCAUCGCAUCUGUGGCCGGCUCCGUGGAGAGAGUGAACAAGCUCAUCUGUGUGAAGGCUCUGAAAACCAGGUACAACGGCGAGGUGGGGGACAUCGUGGUCGGGCGGAUCACCGAGGUCCAGCAGAAGAGGUGGAAGGUGGAGACCAACUCCAGGCUGGAUUCGGUCCUGCUCCUGUCGUCCAUGAACCUUCCUGGAGGGGAGCUGAGGCGGCGAUCAGCGGAGGACGAGCUGGCCAUGAGAGGCUUCCUGCAGGAAGGGGACCUCAUCAGCGCCGAGGUCCAGGCCGUGUUCUCUGACGGCGCCGUCUCCCUCCACACGCGGAGCCUGAAGUACGGAAAGCUGGGCCAGGGCGUCCUGGUGCAGGUGUCCCCCUCCCUGGUGAAGAGGCAGAAGACUCACUUCCACGACCUGCCCUGCGGGGCGUCCGUCAUCCUGGGCAACAACGGCUUCAUCUGGAUCUACCCCACGCCCGAGCACAAGGACGACGAGGCGGGGGGUUUCGUGGCCAACCUGGAGCCCGUCUCGCUCGCCGACCGGGAGGUGAUCUCGCGGCUGCGGAACUGCAUCGUGGCGCUGGUGACGCAGAGGAUGAUGCUGUACGACACCAGCAUCCUGUACUGCUUCGAGGCGUCUCUGCCGCAUCAGAUCAAAGACAUCCUCAAGCCGGAAGUGGUGGAGGAGAUCGUGAUGGAGACGCGCCAGCGGCUGCUGGAGCAGGAGGGCUAGGGAGAAGGCGCCGGCACCCGCGCCCGGCCGGGAGCGGCUCCGAGGAAGCUGUGGGUGAGCCAGGCCCCCGCCGCCCGCCUGCAGACUGCUCCCUCCUGCUCGGAGGCAGCCCGAGGAGGGAGCCCCCCAGGGCCCAGUGCCCAGCCUAGGGGGCCAGAGAGUGCUCCCGGCCGCGGACUCUCGUCCCGAAACCCUUCAGGGAGCCUGGUCUUCUUUGGUCACAACUCCGCCACCGCAGGGUGCCCUGGGAAGUCGCGCCGUGGCCUCCCUGGCCCCGGGCUCUCCGGCCUUGGCUCCCACCUGCCGUCCUGCACCGGGGUGUCGCUGAGGAAAAUGGGGAGAGUCGGCCCGACGGCUCGUGGAGGAAUAAAGUUCCCGAGCAACCGUGUGGAAGUCGCGUUGUCGGUGAUAGGAGCUUCCGGGUCUCUGACUGAAGUGAUUGUCAGAGCUAGGAGGGAAGAGGAAAGCUGGUUCCUUCUGUACCGACCACCUUGAAGUAGUUCAAGCGCUAAGAAGACGGGCGGAAGCGAGAGCACAGCGGGUAGGUGGUCGCCUCGUACGCGGCUGACCUGGGUUUGAUCCCCGGCACCCCGUAGGACCCCCGAGCACCACCAGGAGUGACCCCUGAGCACGUCUGGGUUCCCCACCCUCCCGGAUUGCUGAGUGGCGGUUCCCGCUGAGGACUGCUGGGCUGCUUUUCCGGGGAGCAGCGGCCCCAGGCGGGCUCCAGGGCGAUGCAUCUCCAGGUCAGGGCGCCUGCCUGGCCCGUGCCAGGCCCAGAGCACCAUGGGCGGAGCCCGCUCUGCCGGGGAGGCCAGUCAGUGAAAGGUGCCUUGGUUUAGGUUUUGGGAACCUUGGGGGAGUCUGGGGGGUGCCAGGGAUCAUGUAUGAAUUCUGUGUUCUGUGUGUGUGUGUCUGUCUCUGUCUUUCUGUCUGUCUGUGGUGGGGUGGGGCUCUCCAUGAGACCCCGGGGGCUGAUGGGCUUCUCCAGGCUCGGGGGACCCAGAGAUGAAGCCAGGCCUCCUGCAUGCAGUCCACGCUCCAGCCCGAAGCACCGCUUCAUUCCACACUGCGGGGCACUGUGUCACACUCGGCACCCAUGGACCUUCGCUGUGUUCUGUGGUUGAGGGGGGCAGUUACAGACAUGCAGGUGCAUCUCCUAAUGGCUCUGUCUCCUCGCCACGUGCAGCUGUGAUUGCAGAAUCAGUUUGGAAAGGAGCUUGGUUUGGUUUUGGUUUUGAAGCCCCCCGUGGCAGUGCUGGGGGCUUACUUCUGGCUCAGGGAUCGCUCCUGGCGGGGCUCUGGGGACCGUUUGGAGCGCUGGGGCUUGAAACGGGGCAGCUGCAUGCAAGGCAAGCUACUGUGUCCAACCCCAAAACUUGGGGACUCUUUUUUUCCUUUUUGGUUUUUGGGCCACACCCAGUGAUGCUCAGGGUCACCCCUGGCUCUCACUUAGGUUAGGGAUCACUUGUGGCAGGGCUUGGGGGACCAUCUGGGAUGCCUCGGAUCGAACCCGGGUCGACCUCGUGCAAGGCAAACACCCUCCCCGCUCUACUCUCGCUCCAGCCCCGGGGAGCUAUUUCUGACUCUGCCUGGGGCACCCUGUGGCGCUGGACAUCAAGCCUGGGCUCCUGCAUGCAGGAAGUGUGCACUCGGCCCUUCGAGCCUCUCCCUGGGCCUGAAGGGCCCGUCCCUGCCUCUGACAACACGGCGCAGGAGGAGAGAUGUCUCUCUCGUCUCCCAAGCAUGUCCACUUCGAGCAGUUUGCACAGACCCUGUCGUUGCUUUCCAGCGGCUCACUUGUCGGAAUUAUUAGGAAAGAGAAUGCGGACCCUUGGGUGCCGGAGUCCUAGCUUGGCCUUGUUCAGGUCGUGUGUGAGCCUGAACCCCCCCUGGCCCCCGAAGCUCCUUUGGCUGGCUUCUCUCCGUGUCCCCUGGCUGGACACUCUGGAGAGCGACCAUCUACUUCAUGCGGCCACCAGAGGGCGCCCGUGUCCACUCAUUCCACUGAAGUUCUUGGAGUCCAGAGCGACUUAGGGGUUCUGCUUUCUGAAGGCGAAGAUGAAGUUAGAUUGGACGGAAACGUAUCAAGAAUAGGUGAACUAAGGGACGCUCCCCAAUACCCGGCAGCAUCUAGCUCUUCGGAUUGUCAGGCGUUUCCUGAACUCUGAUGUCUAGUUUUAAGUCCUCCGGGGUGUUUUGAGAUACCCCCAGGGCUGGGGUGCCCGGGAGCCCAUCUCCAGCACGUGUCUGGUCCCUGAGUCUGGAGCUGGGGGCCCCCUCACGCACCCCCAGCCCUGCUUCGUGUAUGUCCAAAACCCUCCAUAGCACACCUAGGCAUAUUCUACGGGACUGUUGGGAGUGAAGUCGUAUGACGCAGCUCCGGGUGAAAUAGUCGGGAUGGAAAGACGGCAGGUAUGGCCCCAAAGAAAGGAAAUUAUAAGUAUAGAUAGGGGUGAGGUUCGUGUCAAAGCAAGGGUGAGUGGAAAAUGGGGAUGAGGAUAAACCACACGCUUCUGUGAAGUCUCAGUUGUCCUGGAAACCAAACAUCGCCUCAUUUGAUCCUGGUGAAGAUCACAGAACUACCCUUUAGAAGUGCAUGGGAAGGGCCGGAGUGAUAGUACAGCAGGUAAGGGGCUUGCCUUGCACACAACCUGCCUAGGUUCGAUUCCCGGCACCCCAUAUGGCCCCCGAGCACUGCCAGGAGUGGUUCCUCAAUGCAGAGCCAGGAGAAUGCCCUGAGCAUUGGUGGAGCAUUGCAAAGUGCAUGGGGGAUGUCCCAUCAGCAGGCCACAGGACGUCCUGGUAUAUGACAGGCAGAGACAGGCUUCCUGUCACCUGCCCCCAGCCGGGCCCAUCCGCCUGUCCUGUAUGGCCCAGAUGUUGGUAUGGAUGUUCCUAUGGGUCUUGGCAGAAAAAGGUGCCCCAUCCCGCUAGCUUCCAAGGCUGAUCCGUAUCGUUAGCCCCGGUGCUCACUGAUGGUACUUGGUUCCUUAGCUUGAGGGAGGCACCUCCAGAACAGUGACGCGUCUGUCUUCACACACCCUUGAGGCCCAGCGCCUAACGCAAACGCAAUUCAUGACAUGGGGACUCAAGAAAUGCCGAGUGAAUUAUUCUGAUUCUUCCACCUUUCAUGAGUGGUGGAAUGUGGAAGGAUGUGCAGGGAAUGAUUGCACGAUUAGGAGUGGGAAAGGGCGACAGCUGGACAGGGAGUGGAGGACUCGGUUAGUGCACUGCACGCAGGAGAGGUUCAGGUUUGGUCCCCAGCACAGCCGGGAGCGACUGCAUAGAGCCAGGAAUAGUGUGUGCCCCAUCCCCAGAGCCACUGGAAACCCCCCCACCCUCCCCCACCCCCGCCAAAAAAAAGAUUAAGGGCAGUGAAAUUUUAAAAGAACAGUACUAAGUACCUGGUGGCCUGGUGGCCAGACUGAGAGCAAAGCUAGCUCGACUCCGAGGCGAGGGACGGCGGUCACAGCUCAGUGCUGGAGGACUGGCAUGUAAAGAGGCCAUGGAUUCUAGCUCCGCAAACGUAGAGAAGAAAGAAACUACAAAAAAAAAGGAAAAAACAAGCCCAACAUGAGUUUAUUAGUCCUAAAUUUGAUACUUUAAAAAAAGUUUCUUAUUUUUGGGAUCUAUCCGACUGUGCUCAAGUCUUACUCCUUGCUUUGUGCUCAGGAGUCAUUCCUGGCAGUGCUCGGGGGGACGCCAUGGGGUCGGUGAGUGGUGUGGAACCUGGGCUGGCGCAUGUGAGGUCAACAUCUUACCCCUGAACUGUGGCUCUGACCCCUUUUUAUUUUCCUGUUUUGAUUUUGGGCCACACCUGGUAGUACUCGAGGUUUAUUUCUGAUUGUGUGCUCAGGGGUCACUUCUGAUGGGGUGCUGGGGAUCAAAGGUCACCCAGGCAAGUGCUGACUCCCUCUCCUAUCUCUAACCCCUGGCCUCUCUAAUUUUUUUUUUUUUUAAUCUUUUAGAACAAUGUUGGGGAUUGAACCCAGGGCCUCACACUUAAGGUAUACUCAGCCGAGCCACGUCCCUGGCCUCUGUGUGACUAAUUCUUAGGGGAAGUCAUUGUCAAAUCAGUGCCUUUCCGAUUCCAACAGAAAUGUUCCCAGAGAUAAGCCACAGCCAUGUCAGGCAGCUGUGGUCUGCCCUGCCCUCAGUAGCCACUUCUUUUUGGUUUAUUUUACCUGGCGAUGCCUAGUGGGUCCACUCCUGGCUCUGCCCUCAGGAAUGACUCCUGGUGGUGCUGGGGACCGUAUGGGAUGCCGGGGAUCGAGCCCAGGUUGGCCGCGUGCUGGGCAAGUGCCCUCCCGCUGUACUGUCUCCCGCCCCAGUGGCCCCUUCUGAAGGCCUAUUGUCUGCCAGGUUUCCCGUCACUUGGCACUGCGUGGUAUGUGGGAAGACCAGGGGCUUUGGAGCAGGAUGACAGGGCUCAGAGGGCGACUGUCACAGCUGGAUUGUGGCUUGUGCUUUUCUGUGCCUUGUUGGGCGAGGGAGAGUGUUAAAUGACAGUCUGAGAAGGGUCUGACGGGUGCUGCAGUGCAGCGUGGGGCUGCCGUGAAUGGGUCUUUUUAGAAACGGACAUUUGGGUCAGGCAGGUGCCCGUGCUGGGUACAGAGUGAAGAGGGGGCCCUGGGGCUGUGGACGGUUUUGUUUUUUUUUGCUUUUUGGGUCACACCUGGCGAUGCACAGGGGUUACUCCUGGCUCUGCACUCAGGAAUCACUCCUGGCGGUGCUCAGGGGACCAUAUGGGGUGCUGGGGAUCGAACCCGGGUCGGCCACGUGCAAGGCAAACACCCUACCCGCUGUGCUAUCACUCCAGCCCCUGGACAUUUUUUUUUGUUGUUGUUGUUUUUUUUUUUUUUUUGCUUUUUGGGUCACACCUGGCGAUGCACAGGGGUUACUCCUGGCUCUGCACUCAGGAAUUACCCCUGGCGGUGCUCAGGGGACCAUAUGGGAUGCUGGGAAUCGAACCCGGGUCGACCGCGUGCAAGGCAGACGCCCUACCCGCUGUGCUAUUGCUCCAGCCCCUGGACGGUUUUUUUUUUCAUUAACUCUUUUUCCUGAGGAGGCCACGCCUGGCUGUGCUCAAGGACCGCUCCUGACUGUUCCCAUUUGCCGUCGGUGAUUGAAUCUGGGUUGGCUCCUUACAAAGCAAAUGCCUUACAUCUGUAUUCUCUGGUCAUAGUUCUGUUUGGGAUCCCACCCCACGGUGCUCAGGACUUAAUGGCUCUGACGUGGGGAUCAUUCCUGGUGGGCUCAGAAUACCAUAUGGAGCAGGGAUUGCACCCAGGGUUGGCUGCAUGCGAGGCAAGCUCUCUACGCAGGGUACUAUUGCUCUGGUCCUCUGGCUGUAUUUUUUGGGGGUGGACCAUUCCCAUCAGUGCUCAGGGCUCACUCCUUGUUUUGUGCUCAGGUGUCAUUCCUGGGUGCAGGGAGGGAACCCAGUCGGCUUCAUGCAAGGCUGGCACCUUACGGGCAGUGCUCUGACCUCUGGAAGCUUUGUAGUUGCAGAAGAUGCAUUAUUGGCAAACUAGACGGUUUGAUGUGCCGGGACGUUGGCUGGCCCGCUAACCUCACAACCGGGGCUUCUUCUGGGCUAAUAGGAUGAUGAUGAUGAUGAUGAUGAUGUGUGUGUAUAAACGUGUGUAAAUGAAAGUUGAUGUUCACUUAUGAAGCGAGCUCUUUAUUCCCUUUUGGUUUUGCUAUUUGGUCACACCUCAUGGUGCUCAGGGCUUACCCCUGGCUCGGUGCUCAGGGAUCACUCCAGGCAGGGUACAAAGCAAGCGCUUUGGUUUACUCUUUCCAAACUCUUGAGUGACUAAAACGCAAUUUACAAAUGUAGUGUGUCGAAUGAAUAAGCCUCCCUUUGCUACAAAGAAACAAUAAAUUCGGUAGUGCGUACCAAA